UUAAGGACGUCGGGAACAUCGUCGUUCCGGCGACAACACCGGGUACCUCGAACACCUCUUUCCCGUCGUUCGGUCCGCGAAUGAUUCAGUGAAUUGUGCAGUGCCUCCGACAUUCCACCUGAACGUUCCGUGAAUCUGUGAAGACCAUACUGAUCCAGGUGAUCGGUACUGGUACCACGGACGAGGAAGGAUACCGAGGAGGAAGCAAAGGUAGCAGCAGAGGAAGUAGCAGGCUUGGUGAGUUGGGUGAAAAUCGAUGGCCAUCAGCGCCCAUGGGCGGCCUCGCGUUUAGAACAAGGAAUAGCCCCUCCCAGAAGACCUCGCUCCGGUGGGGCGAUUGCUGCCCCCCAAAUCCCAACCCUCCGUCGUCGUCGGCCGUCUGGAAGGACCAUCGCCAGGACAUGCCGUUGGUACCCGUGUGAGGCUGCCCCCCGCUACUGCGUGACUGUACCCCGCGGGGUCUUCAGAGGAAUCCGAAUUUACCAAAGUCGGAUCGACCGGCGAACCACCCGGACUUGCGUCUACGUCAGUUCGAGUUCACCCAGGUGGACCCGUACUCCCCGAAGAUGAUCAACUUUGCCGGUCUUGUCUCUAUCGCUUUGUUCUACGUGCUGAUAUUGGCCGUAGGAAUAUGGGCGGCCAGGAAGAAGGAGACCGGCAACGACUCCGAGGAGGAAGUCAUGCUAGCGGGUCGUUCGAUCGGAAUGUUCGUCGGUAUAUUUACGAUGACCGCGACCUGGGUUGGAGGUGGUUACAUCAACGGCACCGCCGAGGCCAUUUACACCAAGGGCCUCGUUUGGUGCCAGGCUCCUUUCGGAUAUGCCCUCAGCCUCGUUUUCGGUGGUAUAUUCUUCGCAAACAAGAUGCGAGAACAGGGGUACAUCACGAUGUUAGAUCCUCUUCAAGAUGCAUUUGGCGAACGUAUGGGAGGUCUUCUGUUUCUUCCUGCCCUAUGUGGCGAGGUCUUCUGGGCCGCAGGUAUCCUAGCAGCUUUGGGUGCUACCUUGGCGGUUAUCAUUGACAUAGACCAGCGUCCUUCGGUCAUUUUCAGCGCUUGCAUCGCCGUUCUUUACACGCUCUUCGGAGGCCUUUAUUCCGUUGCAUAUACCGACGUUAUUCAGCUUUUUUGCAUUUUCAUUGGGCUGUGGAUGUGCAUUCCAUUUGCCUGGACGAACCCAAAAGUGCAAUCACUCGGUGACAUGCAGGUGGACUGGAUCGGUGAAGUGGAUUCGAAAGAGUACUGGGUAUACAUAGAUUAUGGACUUUUGUUGAUAUUCGGUGGUAUUCCGUGGCAAGUGUACUUCCAACGGGUGUUGUCCUCGAAGUCGGCUACUAGGGCUCAGAUAUUGAGCUACGUGGCUGCGUUAGGAUGCAUACUGAUGGCCGUCCCGCCUGUUCUCAUCGGGGCUAUCGCCAAAGCGACGGCUUGGAACGAGACGGGAUACACUGGCCCCUAUCCCCUCACCGAGAACGAAACAAGCAUGAUCCUGCCGAUGGUCCUGCAGUACUUGACGCCAGAUUUCGUUUCAUUUUUCGGCUUAGGCGCAGUAUCGGCGGCGGUGAUGUCUUCGGCCGACAGUAGCAUCCUCUCGGCGAGUUCCAUGUUCGCCAGAAACGUGUAUAAAUUGAUCUUCCGUCAGAGGGCGUCGGAAAUGGAGAUCAUCUGGGUGAUGAGAGUGGGGAUAGGCGUGGUCGGCGUGUUGAGCACGGUGAUGGCUCUAACGAUCCCGUCGAUCUACGGGCUUUGGUCGAUGUGCUCGGACCUGGUCUACGUGAUCCUGUUCCCCCAACUGUUGAUGGUGGUCCACUUCAAAGAGAGCUGCAACACUUACGGCAGCCUGUCCGCAUACAUAAUAGCGUUCGCGGUGCGGAUCAGCGGNGGCGAGCCGUUAUUAGGGCUGCCCGCUCUGAUCCACUAUCCGGGCUACGACGAGGAGACUGGCACCCAGACGUUCCCGUUCAGAACGAUGGCUAUGCUGCUGUCGUUGGUGACGCUGGUCGGCGUGUCGUACGGCACGCAGGUGGCCUUCCUGACCGGCAGGGUGGCGCCCGGUUACGACGUCUUCAGGUGCGUCGUCAAUAUACCGGAAGAUGUCGAGAGGGUAGGCCCGGACCCGGCGGAAGGCGAACAAAUGGCUGUCCUGGCUGCCGGCGUCGGAAGACUGUACGGCAGCAAGGACGAAUCGAACGGACGAGUGAAUCCUGCGCUCGAGCCGGACUACGACAUGGAGCCGGGCUACAAAGCACCCGGGGCGAUGGAGGGCGUUGUUGCCGGAGGAGGUGGCGGAGGUGCCGGGGUGCACCUGGUGCCUCACGGACCCAACGUGCCACGACAGCCCCAAUCCAGCACCGAGUUCUAAUCCCUGGUUCCGUGAUCGGAUGCUGUGACCAACAAUAAACAAGGCGGUACAGGUCUGUCCUUGGUUUCUUCUUAUUACGGGAGAUCUGACCUUACAGAGUUUCUUCCUUCUUGUCGAACCUUUUGCAAUUUUUUUAUACACUCCCGACAUUCUAGAGUUUUUGACGUUAACUUAGGAAAUGCUGGCGAAUCUGGAUCAUAUCUUACGUCCAUGUUUUAAAAAGUGAAAAUUUGGAAGUUUGCUACUGCGAAUUUGAAUUAAACUUUGAAAUUUCUUUAAAUUUUAAACAUGAACUCUGAAUUUUUCCGAACGUCACAUCUCCCGUAACCACUGUUCAUCGCCAUCCCUAUGCUUUCAAACGGUUCCUAGAGAAGUAGGAUCAACAUUCGAUAAUAAAUUACAAGCGUGUUUGCUUUCGCUAAUAAGCUAGAGUUGCGUUUACUAAUUUGAUUCGUUUCUUCUGGUUUCUCGUCUCGUCCCACGUCCGAGGAGCUUCGACACCAAGCCAAUUUGUUCCAAGUUUCAAACGAAUUUUUCUUCGUAUUCGCGUUUAUACGUUAGCUACGGUGUCGUGUACCUGCUUGAACAAUGCUCGUUCGUGCUCUUCCGUAGUGAAAGCAAUAGAUGACAGGAAGCGAAGUCAGUGAGAGAGGUCGAACGAGUGAACAAGGAAUCGGAGGUUACUGUACCCUGCUACCCCUAUGUGGACACCUGAUGGAACUGAUCUCUGUUUUUCAAGGUUCUUAUGUUCUAGGGUUUAGUUAGGCUUUUAGGCCCAAACGUGGGUUAUAAAUUCAUUCAGUUGUCGAUAGGUCCUAGACUGUUAGGUUGGGAGUCCACCUAGACUCCAUUUUGAUACGUUAGACCCUAGAGCCCUAACAGCUGAGUGAUGCUCACUCGGACGCCGACCGAUUGGACGCGUCCCGAUUCGAAGCGGUGCCGAUUGGACGCGUUCAAAGCAGAGCUUAUAGAACCUAACCUAACCUAAUCUAACAGCUUCGAAUUGGGUCGCGUCCAAUCGGCACCGCUUCGAAUCGGGACGCGUCCAAUCGGUCGGCGUCCGAGUGAGCAUCACUCAGCUGUUAGGGCUCUAGGGUCUAACGUAUCAAAAUGGAGUCUAGGUGGACUCCCAACCUAACAGUCUAGGACCUAUCGACAACUGAAUGAAUUUAUAACCCACGUUUGGGCCUAAAAGCCUAACUAAACCCUAGAACAUAAGAACCUUGAAAAACAGAGAUCAGUUCCAUCAGGUGUCCACAUAGGGGUAGCAGGGUACAGUAACCUCCGAUUCCUUGUUCACUCGUUCGACCUCUCUCACUGACUUCGCUUCCUGUCAUCUAUUGCUUUCACUACGGAAGAGCACGAACGAGCAUUGUUCAAGCAGGUACACGACACCGUAGCUAACGUAUAAACGCGAAUACGAAGAAAAAUUCGUUUGAAACUUGGAACAAAUUGGCUUGGUGUCGAAGCUCCUCGGACGUGGGACGAGACGAGAAACCAGAAGAAACGAAUCAAAUUAGUAAACGCAACUCUAG